ACUUCGGGAAAUUUUUUGACUUGAGCUCAGUUUUGAAUAUAAGUCUGAUUUUGUUUACAUUCAGUUUAUCAUAAACAAUCUUUGUAUUCUUUAUAAACUCUUUACAUAAAUAAAAAAAUGGCAUUAACAACUAUUUCUGGAAUUCCUGAUAAACAUUGGCAACCGCCAUUUGUUUAUUUAGAAACAACAUAUUAUGUAUGAUAUCAAAUGAUAUAUUUCAAUUCAUUAGCAUGGGCGAAAUAGUUAUUGAAUUAUAUUGGAAACAUGCUCCAAACACAUGCAGAAAUUUUGCAGAACUUGCUCGAAGAGGUUAUUACAAUGGCACUAAAUUCCAUCGAGUAAUUCGAGAUUUUAUGAUCCAAGGUGGUGAUCCUACCGGCACCGGUAAGGGUGGAGUAUCAAUUUAUGGAGAAUGUUUUAAUGAUGAGAUUCAUGAUGAUUUAAAACACACUGGUGCUGGAAUAGUUUCAAUGGCAAACUCGGGACCAGAUACCAAUGGUUCACAAUUUUUCAUAACAUUAGCAUCUACACAAUGGCUUGAUGGCAAACACUCAAUAUUCGGAAGAAUACAUUCAGGCAUGAGUAUUGUUAAAAGAAUAGGUCUUGUUGAAACAGAUAAAAAUGAUCGACCAAUCGAUGAUGUAAAAAUAGUCAAAGGAUCGGUAAGAAAUGCAUAGAUCAUAAUUUAGAUAAUUUAAUAUUGUAAUAAAAAUGAUCUUUUUUAUUAAUAAAAGAAAAUAUUGCUAUA